AUGUUAGGAUACAACGGUUUAAUUGGUACUCAGUCAAAUGGAGUUCUAAAUAUUUUAUCAGGAUUACCAUCAACAGGACAAUCACCAAUUGAUUUAGACGACAGAAUAACACGGCCACGCAGGUAUCCUCCUUUGGUUCUGAAUGGCCAUUGGUUGCAGGACGGCGAAGCACGUUUGAUGAAUAGUGGACACGUAGCGAAGAUAAUUUUAACCGGAGACCGAAUUCCAUCUACGGUUUCUGGUGGACCACUCGCAAAUGAUGUGUACGAAUUCUGUGAUGUGCAUUUCCAUUGGGGUGAAGAUAAUUGCAUGGGCGCUGAACACACGAUCAAUGGCACUUGGUAUUCGAUGGAAUGCCACGCGGUACAUUGGAAUAGAAAGUACAUAACGCAAGAAGAAUGUUACAGGCAUAAAGACGGACUAUGCAUUUUGGCGUAUUUGUUCCUAGUGCAGCCAGCUUGCUGCGUGUGUGUUAAUCCGCAAAUGGAAAGAAUAACAGAAAGGUUGAAGUUCGUUGUUGAAGCGGAUUCGGAAACUAAAAUACCACCCAACUCUCUGUCAUUUAUGCGGAGUGCCACAUACUGCAGUAGAUACUAUACAUAUUCAGGAUCAUAUAAUGUUUCUGAAUGUCCUGAAUGCGCUACUUUAAUCGUUUUCCCUGUAGUUAAUCCAAUACAAUGUAGCGAAAUCAAUGAAUUCCGGAAACUAAGGAACAAAGAUGGGCAGCCUAUAAAGUCGAAUCGACGAAACACGCAACCCUUAAAGUGUAGAAAAAUAUAUUUAGCAGUGUCUUAA